UCUUUCAUGGUGGACGCUGCCGAGCGAAUGUGGAGUGUCGCGUCCACGGAUCGAGGAAUGCAAGCUUCCGAGAGAGAAUUGUCGGAUGCCAAGGCCAUUGUGAUCAAUGAGCUCCUUGUUGACAAGCUUAAGCUCCUCAAAUACGAUCACAUAUUUUGCCAGACGAGGACUCCACCAUGGGAGAGAUUGCACAGAUUUUAUUUCGCUGUGUCUUCACCCAAUCGCAACGACCAGUUUAUGUACUUCGCAAGCCUUGUAGCGUGGCUAUAUAGUUUGAUCGGUGUUCCAUUUCCUGCACCUUCUGACAACGAUGAUCUUAAUCCCAUCUGUUCGAACAUUGUCUUGCAGCUGCGAGAAGUUGGAUUUGCACCUCCAUCUUGGUCUCCCUCAAAAUUGAAGCAGGGACACGGCGAUGCGGUGUGCAGCGUGCUUGACAGCCUUGUCGAUCUUGUUCUGGAAAUUAAAAAUUUCCAGUUUGCUGUUCCAAUGUAUACAGACUUGGGAAAGGCAAUUGUGGUUGAUGAAAUAGGAAGCGAAGCAGCCGAUGAGUUGUGUGUGUCCAAGCCUUCGAAACCAAACGAAGCAGCAAGCAGUGUGUUUCCAGACUUACUUACGGAAUCUACAUCCACGUCAAAGAUUGAUCCAAAUCACUGGAAAAUGGAUCUUGAGCGCUUGGCACCUCAACUUUCUCUUCCAUUGGUGCCUGACGGCAAGGAAUGGCGAACACAUUUGGAGCAAGCCCAGCAACUACAUGCGGGAAUUUCUAAGCAAUUAGUGAGCAAUAAUGCCGAGCUAGAACGGGUGGAAGGAAAUAUCUCCUCUACACUGGAGAAACUGCAAAGCCGUGAGAAGUUCAUCAACUCCCAGAUCGAACCUCUGACAACUGAGUACUCAGCUGUGAAGAGGAGACUCAGCGAAGCUCAACAGAAGUACGGCAAUAGCCUUGACAAUGUUACGGAGCUCACAAACGAAAUAGCACACAUUUCUGAGCAAAUCGAGCAAGUCAAGCAAAUGACAGUGGACAAAGGCAACAUGAUAUCCGACGUCUCUCCCCUCUUGCAAAUCAAAAGCGCCAUUCAAAGGCUCAAGGCGGAGCUCAAGGAAAUGGAAGUCCGAAUAGGAGUUUUACAGCACAGGCUCCUCCAUGUAUAACACCAAGAACAAACCAUCCAAAAGUUCUAACGCGAGUUUCUGUUUCUCAGGUUAGCCUGAAGCAAGCCAGGAAAGGACAUGUCUUAGCACCCUUUUGACGGUAAUGUGAUCACACUAACGCGAUGGAUAUUUACAAGAGAUGGCCGUCUGUAUGAU